GUCUCCUAGCAACGGUUGGAAGCGUUGUGACAGCCGUGGAGGCAGAGGCGCCGGACUGAGCCCAGAGUUUCGCUGGCCACGCGAUGACGGAGGUGGAGGAAACCCUGAAGAGGAUCCAGAGCCAUAAAGGAGUCAUUGGGACCAUGGUUGUAAAUGCAGAAGGCAUCCCCAUCCGGACUACUCUGGACAACUCGACCACGGUGCAGUAUGCAGGCCUUCUUCACCAGCUCACCAUGAAGGCUAGGAGCACGAUCCGUGACAUUGAUCCUCAGAACGACUUAACUUUCCUUAGGAUCCGAUCAAAGAAACACGAAAUCAUGGUGGCUCCAGAUAAGGAAUAUCUUCUGAUCGUCAUUCAGAAUCCAUGUGAGUAGACCUGCUCUAAUCACAUCUGCCCUCAAGAUGCUGAACGAGAAACACUGUCCUCUUUAGUGAUCCCUAGCAUGAUAUCUCUGUCUAGCUGAGUCUUGGAUGUUCUUUUCUAUUUUUGCAUCUAAACUUCCAUGUCUCUUGUAGUCCUUUUUGAUUGCCCUGCAAA